ACUUCCGUCCGGCCUCCGUAGUCUCUCUAACCGCGCCAGUGUGCCUCCGACUCGGAACGGCUUCCGCGGCCGGGGCGGCGAGGGCCGGGGGCGGCGUGCGGGAUGAGUGAGGUGUGCGGUGGAGCAGCGCGGACGCUGCGGACGCCGGGACGCCACGGCUACGCCGCCGAGUUCUCCCCGUACCUGCCGGGCCGCCUGGCCUGCGCCACCGCGCAGCACUACGGCAUCGCGGGCUGUGGAACUCUACUAAUAUUGGAUCCAGAUGAAGCUGGGCUAAGGCUUUUUAGAAGCUUUGACUGGAAUGAUGGUUUGUUUGAUGUGACUUGGAGUGAGAACAACGAACAUGUCCUCAUCACCUGUAGUGGCGAUGGCUCGCUGCAGCUCUGGGACACUGCCAAAGCUGCGGGGCCACUGCAAGUCUAUAAAGAGCACACUCAGGAGGUGUAUAGUGUUGAUUGGAGCCAAACCAGAGGUGAACAGCUUGUGGUGUCUGGCUCAUGGGAUCAAACUGUCAAAUUGUGGGAUCCAACUGUUGGAAAGUCUCUGUGCACCUUUAGAGGCCAUGAAAGUAUUAUUUAUAGCACAAUCUGGUCUCCCCACAUCCCUGGUUGUUUUGCUUCAGCCUCAGGUGAUCAGACUCUGAGAAUAUGGGAUGUGAAGGCAGCAGGAGUCAGAAUCGUGAUUCCCGCACAUCAGGCAGAAAUCUUGAGUUGUGACUGGUGUAAAUACAAUGAGAAUUUGCUGGUGACAGGGGCGGUUGACUGUAGUUUGAGAGGCUGGGACUUAAGGAAUGUACGGCAACCAGUGUUUGAACUUCUUGGUCAUACCUAUGCCAUUAGAAGGGUGAAAUUUUCACCAUUUCAUGCUUCUGUGCUGGCCUCUUGCUCAUAUGAUUUUACUGUAAGAUUCUGGAACUUUUCAAAGCCUGACUCUCUUCUUGAAACAGUGGAGCAUCAUACAGAGUUUACUUGUGGUUUAGACUUCAGUCUUCAGAGCCCCACUCAGGUGGCUGACUGUUCUUGGGAUGAAACAAUAAAGAUCUAUGACCCUGCCUGUCUUACUAUUCCUGCUUGAGAUACAUUACUUUGGUCAGAAACAGAGGAUGUUGGCUGAAGAACUGCCUAACAGCAAAUAAAUUAACUAUGGAAAACAUAGACAUUAUGCUUUUAUAUGCUAUUCAGAUUUCAAAUCUUUCCAAUUUACCCUGGAAUCAGUUCUGAGGGAGCUGAUAAAGACUUUGGCUCACUCGUUAAGCCUGAUAGAUACAUAAGCCAUAUUUCUUAAAAUUCUAAGAAAUAAUUAAUGUUAUGGUAUAUCUUGUAAUAUCUAUUAAAAUGUAGUCUCUGGGUCAUCAAAUGGAUUAAAAUAUGGGAGAUAAGUAGAUUAUACUUAUAUAGAUAGUGAUAUAUUUCAUUUUUAAUUUGUCAUUUUUAAUGUAAAAUAUAAUCACUGCUGUGAUAAAUAAACUGUGUCUAUUGAUCAUUUAUCACUUUA